AUGGCAGCCCGCACUACUAAGGGCUGGAAAGAAUUGAAGAACUUGGAGGGCUGGACAGGCCUGAAAGCCCUGUAUGCAGAGUGCAAUGCUUUUGAUCGAAUAAGUGGUCUUUCUCUCUGCCGAAACCUGCGCUCUCUUUUCCUUCAGGAAAACUGCAUAAAAAGGAUUGAAGGCCUUGAAGGCUGCCCAUUGUUGUGGAAUUUGAACUUGAACAACAACUUCAUAGAACGAAUAGAGGGGUUGUCACAUUUGCGAUCCCUGAACACCCUCACCAUCCAGAAGAACAAGAUUGGCUUUGCAGGUGUCGAAGACCUGCUCCACUUGGUGGAUACAACCAUCUCGACAUUGGAUGUCCAAGAUAACAAAAUCUGGGAUCCGGACGUGCUCCCAGAGGUCUUUGUGAGGAUGGCAGAUUUGCGGGUUCUCUAUCUGAAAGGAAAUCCGUGUGCCAAGAAGAUACCAAACUACAGGAAAGGCAUCACCGCUGUGUGCGAAAACCUCAAGUACUUGGAUGAUCGACCAGUAUUUCCUGAGGACAGACGAGC